AUGAUACAAGCAGUGGAAAUGAGCUUCCUCCGAUGGGUGGCUGGGCCCUCCCUUAGAGACAGGCCACUGUGCCAGCGGGUACCUGUUUGUCUCAGUGUGCGUGCCCACCAGUCUCACACUGCCACACGUACAGCAGAUGAAGAUCGUCCUUGGACGGGUCAGGAGAGCCUGGCCCAGGAUGACCCCGAGAUGUGGGAUCUGCUGCAGAAGGAGAAGGACAGGCAGUGCCGUGGUUUGGAGCUCAUUGCAUCAGAGAAUUUCUGCAGCCAAGCAGCUCUAGAAGCUCUCGGCUCCUGUCUUAACAACAAAUACUCUGAAGGCUACCCAGGGAGAAGGUAUUAUGGUGCAGCAGAAGUGGUUGACCAAAUUGAGCUCCUCUGUCAGAAGCAAGCUCUGGAGGCAUUUGACCUGGACCCAGCUCAGUGGGGUGUCAAUGCCAAACUGCACUCUGGUUCUCCUGCCAGCUUUGCCACUUAUACCACUGUGCUCAAUCCCCGUGAUCAAAUCAUGGGCCUGGACUUGCCUGACAGUUAG